AUGGCCGCAUUUUGGAGCCUCGAAGAAGUAAAGUUCAAUGAAUUAUACACCAUAGAAGAAUGUGAGUGUAAACAGCGUUUUUUAAAAAAUAUUAAACGAGAUGAUGAUGGUCGUUUUAUUGUUGCGUUACCAUUUAAAGUCGCGCACAAGUUAGGAAAUUCGUACGAUAGAGGUUUGCGCCGAUUUAUGUCAUUGGAAAGGCGUUUUCAAGCAAAUAAAAAUCUGAAGAGCGGUUACGUUAAGUUUAUGAACGAAUACAUAGAACUCGGGCACAUGUUGAUUACGGGCUCCGUUCCAGCGGUGGGCCAGUGUUAUUACUAUUACCUCACCAUGCCGUAUUUAAAGAUAGCAGUACAAGCACCAAAUUGCGUGUAA